AUGUCUGGGAUAACAAAACCUCCCGCGCCGUCACUCAUCCGCAAGGACGCCUCUGUCGGCCCAGCACCAGCACUGGUGCCCAAGCUGAAGCACAAGAACGGACCCUUGCCUAAACUGGACCCCAGCGACUCGCUCCACCGCGCCUUAGAUUUGAUGCGUACGCCGUCAAGUCCGCGACCGGACAUCCAGGACUUCCGGUGGGAGGCGAGUGUUGAUAUUGAGCCUGGAAGCGAGGAGCUUGCUGCUGGCGGAAGGCUGUUGGCGGAGGGGGAAAGUGCGACUAUCGAAGCUGCGAGCAGGAAUUUUGUUUUUGCUCAUUUCAUGGUUGGGAAUACAUAUCCGUAUACCGUUGACAAUUGGUUCGACGAUAUCAAGCUCGCAUCAUCUCAAGAUAUCGAUGGCUUUGUGCUCAACGUUGGUCGAGAGGACUGGCAAAUCCAACGUUGCGCAGACUGCUUUAAAGCAGCUGAUCGACUUCCUGAAUACAUCAACUUCAAGCUGUUCUUCAGCUUCGACAUGACAUCUGUACCAGGAGACUCUCCAGGCGACAUCCAGCUCUUCCGCAGUUACCUCUCCGCCCAUGCAAACAGCGCAAGAAUGUUCCACCACCCGCGUACCGGAGGCAUCGUAGUGUCUACUUUUUCCGGAGAGAACAGCACCUUCGGACAGGGGAGCAUGGAGGGCGGCUGGGCGUAUGUGAAGAGCGAACUGAACAAGAUUAGUCCCAUUUACUUAAUACCAUCCUUUUUCAUCAAUCCGGCACGAUACCCCACCAUCUCCGCAAUGGAUGGUGCCUUCAAUUGGAACGGCGGAUGGCCCAUUCAGCUGCAUGCUGGAAUGUCCGAUUCAGAGAUCAAGAAUGUGAAGCUCGAUUCGGAUAACAUCCACCUCCAGAAUCUGACAGACGGACGCACGUUUAUGGGCGCUAUUUCACCUUGGUUCUUUACCCACUACGGCCCAGAGACUUGGAACAAAAAUUGGAUUUACCGUGGCGACGAUUGGUUGUUCAUUAAACGCUGGGAGCAGCUGAUAUCUAUGCGAGACCGCAUCGACAUCGCUCAGAUCAUCUCAUGGAAUGAUUAUGGCGAGUCUCAUUACAUUGGUCCUAUCAAGGGCGCCCAACCAAAUUCGCAAGCCUGGGUCGAUGGCUACCCCCAUCUUGCGUGGCUUCAUCUCAACCGCUAUUUUGCCAAAACCUUUAAAACGGGUGUAUAUCCUGCCGUGACGAAAGACCAGAUCUUCAUGUGGGCAAGGCCACACCCCAAAGAAGCGUCGUCUAGGGACCCCGUCCCUCGGCCAAACAAUUGGCAGUUGACUGAAGACAGGGCAUGGGUAGUCGUAUUCGCCACCAAAGCUGCUACAAUCCACACGCACACAAAUGCUGAUGGCACGAACAAGACAGUGUAUCAGGUCAAGGCUGGGGCCAGUAAGCUCUCGUUCCCUCUCAAGCCUGACGAAGGGAUGAAGGUGGUCAUGCUUCGUGAUGGAAAGACGGUGGCCGUUUGUAAUCCCGUUGGCUUCAGAAUUUUAAACGCGAAUGCGGCGUGUCCUGUCUCUUGUGCUCUAACAUUCACGUCCACAGUAGUUGACUUCACCUCUUCGAAUUUGUUUGGUCCAUUUCUACUAGACGGAAUUAUGGAGGGAUCCAGAUCAGAACAAACUUCAGCUGUAUCACAAACAUCCAAGCUCAAGAGACACUCCGUUUAUUACCUCGACCAUAUCAUCUUUGCCGUGGAAGACACGCUAUUCAGGGUACCAAGAGUCGGCUUUGAAGGACGUAGCGGAACCCCUUUCGAAGCGUUUGCAAGCCUCCAAAAGUUCAACAGUUCGGCAGAAGGUUAUGACGACGAUCAUCCAGUCUACCUUCACGGUGUCAAGACCGAAGAUUUCGCUAAUCUCCUAGGAGUAAUGUACCCCAACCUGUCAAUCGGGUCACUUUCUGUCGGGAAGCGCGUGUUAACACCAUCCGUUCUGAAAAACAGGCAUCACGCAUCUAGUCCCCACGAUCAGUCUCAAACACUCGGAAAGAAGAGUAAGAAUCAUCGGGCCAAUGCAAUUCCUCAUGUCCCCGAGAAACAUCGCUGGCUGAGUGUCCUUCAUCUCUCCACUCUUUGGGCCUUCGACGACCUCCGGAAACAAGUAAUCUCCCAGCUCUCUAAAGCUGAUCUUGGACGAAAAGAAUUGAUCGACUUAGCCAAAAUGUACAACGUCCCUCAAUGGCUAGUCCAAGGCUACUGCAUGAUUAUCUCACAAGCAAGUCCCCUGGAUAGAACCGGAGAUCUCGAAGACCUGGAUUGGGAAACUAUGGGAAAACUUUUCAUGAUUCGUGAACGCUACCCACCGAAUGAACGCCUGUCAGCUUUGCUCGACAUAGUCACAAGCUCUCUUUCUAGUCCGUACAAUGCAUAUGGACGAAACACUCUGAAAGAACAGGUUAUGAGCAGCUUCAACCAGAACUUUUCGGCUAACCAUGCGGUUGAUAGAGACCAGGUCGUCCCAUCACAAGCAGUCAACCUGGAGAAGAUAGUCGAAGAACAAUUUGCAAGGGAGCUGGCUGAUUUAAAGUAUUAA